UAGUACGCUUUUUUAAAAUUGUAAGCAAUUCCGGAUUAAAAUGAAUCCACCGCCUUCCAGGGGGCGCGCCCCCUCUCGAUUCGUGCGUGGGCGUGGUCGCGGAGGCGGGGCCUACCGCCCCUACUUCUACUUCCGGCGGAAUGGACGCGUAAUUCCCGCCCGAGGCAACCGGCCACCGAAUCAGGAGGAGGCAGGAUCUGGAGCACCGGCCGCUCCAAGUGGUGAUCCGCCUGCAAACCGGCCAUCCAGAGGCUGGAGCCGCACAGGCGGCAAACGAGGACGAGAUGUCCACUUGGACUGCAGCUUUCUGAGGCCCGAGAACUAUGCGGCUCCGGAGGAUGGGCUCACGGUGCAGAGCAUCGCGGUGGACAAUCCCAGGGCCUAUCCCGGCUGGAGACUGUACUUCCUGCGCGAGAACUACGAGGAGGGUAACGAGCUGGCCAGCAGGAUCAUGGCCGUGCAGGCUCAUUACCAGCGCAAUCCGCACAACUACGAUUUCCUGAUGAUCCGAGAUCGGGGAUUCUUUCGCCUGCCCGCCUUGAACAUCUUAUCAGAUGCCCAGCUAAAGGAGGUUUGGCCUGGCCUGGUCGAGGACAUCCGGGAGCACCCGCUUCGCACGCUGGCCACCCUUUCGCUGGCCAUGCACACCGUGGUGGUAAACCACCUGCUGGACUGUACCGACUCCAUCGUGAGUGAAGUCUCCACCGCAGAUAUAUACGUCUCUCCGCCCGGAAGAUUACGCAAGAUCUACGUGCGACCGGAGGAUUUUGUGCCCGUGGACACAAUGGAGGGCAUCAGCCACACCCGCGUGGACACUCUGCUCUCCAUACGGGGCACUGUGAGCAGCGUGGGCGAACCCACCUAUAGCCUCACCUGGCAGGCCUUCCGCUGCAGCCGCUGCCAGAUGGAGAUGGCCAUGCGCCAGCGAGGAACCUUCCAGCCGCGUCCCUACCAAUGCAAGCGGUCCGAAUGCGUGGCUCGCGAUGAGUUCCUGCCGCUACGAAACUCUCCAUACACUCGCCUUUCCAUGAGACAGAUUAUCCGCCUGGAGGAGUCCAAUCUGAGCUCAGUCCACGAUUUUGAGAGCAGUCUGCCCGGGGAGAUGGAUGUCGAGCUUAGACACGAUCUGGUGGAUGCAGUGCGUGUGGGCCAGGAGGUUGUGGUAACCGGAGUGCUCAAGCUGCAGGAGCUGGGCGAGAAUACCACCGCAGGAGACGCCUCUAACCAGAUGCAGGCCUACCUCAAGGCAGUCAGCGUUCGAGAUGCAUCCACCAUCAAGCGGGAGUUCAGCGAGCGAGAUUUGGAAGCCAUUGCCAUGAUUAAUUCGGAGCAGAAUAGCUUCAAGCUGUUGGUACAGUCCAUUGCCCCGGAAGUGUACGGACAUGAGCUGCCCAAGGCCGCCUGCUUGCUGUCCCUUCUUGGAGGCAAAGGACCAGAGGCUGAUGCUAUUAACGUGCUCUUGGUUGGCGAUCCAGGCAUUGGGAAAACUAAGAUCCUGCAGAGUUGCGCUCAGAUCACAGAACGCGGUGCCCAUGUGAGCGGAAAGCGUGGUGCCCAAUCCGCCCAGCAUUUGGGUGUGACUUUCGCGGGAAGGAACAAGCGCGUCCUUCAAGCUGGCGCCUUGAUGUCUGCCAGUGGAGGUGGGCACUGCACCCUAGACGAUGUGGACAAACUGGCCUCCAAGCAGGCAAUAUUAUUGCAAUGCCUUCAAUCGGGGGAAAUAAACCUUCCACUUUCUGGAGCCUUUGCCUCCUUCCCAGCCCAACCAUCGGUGAUAGCCUGCGCGAAUCCCCAAAGAGGACAAUACGAUGAGGGGCGCUACCUCCUGCAGAAUAUCAACAUUACUCCGGCUUUGCUCAAGGAGUUCCACCUGGUCUACGUACUGUUGGACAAGCCCUCCGAGAGGGACAUGUCCCUGACUGCCCAUGUGCGCGCUCUUCAUGCUGGUGCCAAAAAGCGCGCCAAGAUUGCAGCUCGCUAUGCCCUGAAGCCCAAGAUGAGUGACUCAAUUUGUGAGGCCACCUUUGACAUGCGUGCGGCGGAUUCAAGAGAUGACACAAUGAAAACGGAGGACGACAAUGACAGCGUGAUGCAGCAUGACUACGAUCUGGACAAACGCCUGGAGCUGCUGCCAGAUGAGGAGGAUCUGGAUCUGCUGCCACCCAUCCUGAUCAAGAAGUUUUUGGCCUAUGCCCGCCAGGAAGUGAACCCGCUCCUGAACGAGGAGGCCAGCAAUGCUAUUCUGAGGUUCUUCCAGGAGCUCCAAGGUAGCAGCGCCUUUAACGAAGGCGACUCCUGCCACGUUGGAGCGGGACAACUUCUUGCCCUGAUCCACCUGUCCCAGGCACGUGCUCGUCUGGACCUAUCCCCGGUGGUCAGUCCCCAGCACGUGCGCGAUGUAAUAGCCCUGCUCACGGAGAGCAUCACCCAGACCAGCCUGAAGGCGGGCUCCAGCGGAUCCGGAGCUCGAGGAGCUGGUGGCUGCGGAGGCGGAGGCGGAGGCGGAAAGAGUGCCCAGCUGCGCAAUUUUGUGCACUUGGCGCAAAAGCGCUCGGCGGCUUUGGGACGACGCAUCUUCGAUCUGGAGGAGCUGAAGGAGAUCGGCACGCGGGCUGGCAUCUUGACCAGCUUCAGCCAGGUGGUGGAAAUGGCCAACUUGGGCGGCUAUUUGCUCAUGAAGGGCGCAAACAUGUACGAAGUGGUUCCGGAAUAGGCAAAUGACAAAUGAGCGAGUCAAUAUUUGCCCAGCGUCUGUGGUUUUCUUUCCUGUUAAAUAUUAGUUAAGUGGUCAUUAGAAUGAGGCGAAAUAAAUUAUAAAUAACCAUUACGGAAAAUGUUAUUCGAAGCGAUGUUAUGAUUUUCUUACUCAAAUAUGAAUAUUGUAAAUUAUCGUUGUAAUAUAUUGCAUUUGUAAUAAUUUAAGCAUACUUUAGGGAGCCACUAGUUUAAGUUCGUCACUACACUGAGUGUUAAAAGUAUUCUUGUUUAUAGAAGUAGUUUUGCCAAGGCCUCUUUAUAAAGGUGUAUUUUGUACUUAAACCAA